UUCAAAUAUUGAUUAAAAUAAUGAGAUAUCCACCACUCCAUAGAAAGUAUAGUCGGGAGCUAGACAGCCCGCUUUGUAGACAACAACUCCCAUUGUUAGGGCGGAGAGUAGCUUGCCAGUAUAUCCAUCAUCUUUGGCUGAACGAACCAGAGGGGGUUUUAUGACUACAAACUGGCGAGCUCAAUGUGUAUGGGUGUGAGCGGAAACCGGAGUCAUAGCAGCUGACAUGUUUUAGCAAGAUCUCCGAGCAGGCAAACAGCACGAUGAUGAUUACCAUUACUGGGUCGUCAUAUGUGUUUUUGGAGGAUGGGAUAGGCUGCUGUUAGGCUAUAGUAAAUAGUAGGAUACGGUCACUCAAUCCACAACUGCAGCUCUUGUAACACAAAGUAUCAUGGCAAACAGCACUGUUAAGUGAGCAAUUGUCAGAGAAGACUAUUAGAUCGACUGGUAUAUCGUGACCUUUUUAACAAGUGGUUGUAGAAAGAGCGCGUAGGAGGUGGGGAAAGGAGUCGUGCGCAAAUUUCCUUUGCGGAUCAUAUUUUCACCAUAUUGCAACAACAUGGAGUCGCAGACACAGUACACCCGAGAGGAGAUCAACAGCACGAUUUGGGAAGUGCCAGAGAAGUACACGCGAUUGAAGCAAAUUGGGACAGGGGCGUACGGUUCCGUAUGCUCGGUAAUAAAUGUGAAGACCAAUGAGAAAGUGGCCAUUAAGAAGCUUCACCGGCCCUUCCAGUCUGAGAUUUUUGCAAAGAGGGCUUAUCGGGAGCUUCGACUGCUCAAGCACAUGAAACAUGAAAAUGUGAUAGGGCUUCUGGAUGUGUUUACUCCUGCUGCUGGGCUCGAUGAAUUCACAGAUUUCUACCUGGUGAUGCCUUACAUGUUCACCGACCUCUCCAAAGUCAAAGGGCUUCUCACUGAAGACCGAGUGCAGUUCCUUGUCUAUCAGAUGCUGUGUGGACUAAGGUACAUUCACAAAGCUGGCAUCAUCCACAGGGACCUGAAGCCUGGUAACUUGGCUGUCAAUCAAGACUGUGAAUUAAAGAUCCUGGACUUUGGUCUUGCUCGCCAUGCCGAGGCGGAGAUGACAGGCUAUGUUGUGACCCGCUGGUACCGGGCACCAGAGGUCAUUCUAAAUUGGAUGCACUACACCCAGACUGUGGACAUCUGGUCUGUGGGCUGUAUCAUGGGAGAGAUGAUCAAUGGGAAGACGCUUUUCAAAGGGAAAGACUACAUGGAUCAGCUGACUCAGAUCAUGAAAGUAACUGGAGUACCCGGACCUGACUUCAUUCAGAAACUGGACAGUCAGGAGGCAAAAAACUAUGUGCGGUCCCUCCCUCACUUUCCCAGAAAAGACUUCUCUAAGUUGUUCCCCAGAGCAAGUGCACAGGCGAUUGACCUUCUUGAGAAAAUGCUGGUUUUGGAUGGUGAGACUCGGCUUACUGCUGAGAGUGCUCUGACACACCCGUAUUUUGAUGGCUUGAGAGAUCCAGAGGACUGUCCUGAGCCACAGCCAUAUGAUGACAGUCACGACAAUGCCACGCUGCCUCUGGAGGAUUGGAGGCGGUUAUCCUUCAAAGAGGUGAAGAGCUUUGUGCCAUUCCCACGACGGGACUCCAAGAGGCGAAACACACUCACAAUUUCUCCGUGAUUCCAUGCUUGUGAUAUCAGAAAACACUGCUACCACACACCAGCAAACGGCAGUAGGCCUUACUACACCAUGUUGCCCCUGAAACAAUCCUGUGAUAAUUMUUUUCUAAAUGAAGCCUGUGGUUGAAUUUCGUAUUGGGGAGUAUUGAGCUACAUUGUGCCGUCUGUCUCUUUUGGCCUAAUUUGUAAUGGUCGAUCAGUGUUUCAGCAGUCAGAUUGUUUCAAAUUUAACCCCACCCAUCAGUGAAUUAGUACUUUGUUCCUUCUACGUAUCACAAUUGUUCAUGUUUUAUCAUACCUGAUGUUUAAUGGUCUUACUGUAUGGUUUUCUUUCUCUAAUAAUUGAUAUAUUAAAUAUGAGUUAAAUGUAAUGUA